AUGAUACUGUACCUGUCCCGCGUCAUGGAGGAGCGGCGUGUAUCCCUUCUGGACCUUGCGAGCCGGGCGGCUCGUGAGCUCAAUCCGUUGGCGCUCAAAGCGGGACAGUCCUCUUGGCCUUUCUUCGGGCUGAUGGACCAGCUGCAGCUAAUUUGGCAGGCUGGCCAGCAUGCGGCUCCUUUGCUCACGGACCCCUGGCGCCUCCCGCCCGCCUGCCCCACGCUGCCUUCGCAACCCUUUCGAAAAGGCCCGGAGGGCAGCGUCGAGCACUUGGGCGGCUUGGCUGCUGCCUGGGGGUGGCAAGGUCCAUCACCUGCGCAAGACUUCUCGAACAACUCUGUCCUGCGGUUGGCGCGGAACCUGCGCCCUGGGGCGAUCCUGGUGGAUGCCGGGGUGUUCGAUGGCACGGACUGGUCGCUGAUGGGCAUCCUGGCCGGAGCAACGGUGCUGGGCUUCGAGCCGCUGCGCGAGAACCGGAAGCUGGUCGACGAGCGGCUCCCGGCCCAGCUGCAUCAGCAUGGCCACCCGCAGGGCACGAUCGCCCAAGCAUACAGCUUCCUCCCCAUUGCACCGGGCGAGCCGGCACAAGCCUCAGAUCUGGCUGCCAUGACAUGCCGUGACUUCAAAGUCGUUAUGCACGGUUUCGCUGAAGCACGGCGGAAGCUGACCGUGUAUCUUGAGGUGCCCAGGAUGCCCUGGCUGCAGAUCGCUCCAGCCGGUAGCCGGCAGAGGCUCUCUGGGGAUGGGACCUUUCCUGUGACCUUUCCUUGUGACCUUUCCCUGCGCAUCCCUUGGCUCUGCGAUGCUCUGCAGGUGCGCUCCCUGAACAUGACGGUUCGUUACGACUACAGCAGCAUCGCUGACCAGGGCUACCUGACGGGACCUCCCAACAUGGAGGAUGAGGAGGUGGCCUUGACGACUUUGGAUGAGAUCUUUGGCGCCUACCUCAGCGACAUCCCCACUGUGGAGCUGCUGAAGCUGGAUGUGGAAGGCUACGAAAUGGGUGCCCUGCGGGGGGCCGAGUGGCUGCUGUCCGAAGGCUCCUGCUUUCUCUUAGCCCCGGGGAUGGAUGCUAUG